AAUCCUCUUCUUCUCUCUUCUUGGAUCCAAUUAUUCAAUCCAUCUAAUGCAUUAGUUCUUUGUUUUUAAACCACGUUGCUAUCCAAAUUCUUUCUUUGUCCAACCAAAAUGGCAAAUUUCUCUGUUUUCCGUUUGUUUCCCCUGUUUUUCUUGAUCGGUUUGCUCUGUUUUUCCACCCCUGCUGUAACCGGCGCAGAUUUGUUGCACGGGGAAUGUUUGAACGUUCCAACGUUGGAGUUUCUCAGCUCUCUGUUGACCACCAUUGGUGCUUUAAAAGACGUAGCGUCUAUAGUCAACAACCUUGGGGGCUUUUUUGGUGAUUUUCGACUUGGGAAUGCAAUUUCUGAUUGCCUUGAUUUGCUGGACUUUUCCGUAGAUGAGUUGAGCUGGAUUCUGUCGGCUUCUCAGAAUCCCAGUGGUAAACAUAACAGCACCGGCGAUAUGGGUUCCGAUCUGAGGACAUGGCUGAGUGCUGCAAUGGCUAAUCAGGAGACCUGUAUUGAUGGGUUCGAAGGUACCAAUGGGGUGGUAAAAAAUGUGGUGGCAGGGAGCCUUGGCCAAGUCACGUCACUGGUCCGUGAUCUUCUCACUAUGGUGCAUCCAUCCCCAAAUUCUGGAUCCGGUGGAGGCGCAGUCAAUGGAGGGAAAAAGGGUAACGGUGGCGGUGUAGGGCCUCCUAGAUUCUUUAAUCCCGGAAGGAAGCUGGUAGACAAUGAAGAAUUUCCAUCUUGGGUCAAAACUGAGGACAGGAAAUUGAUAGAAGCAAAUGGGGUAUCGGUUGAUGUUGUUGUGGCUGCUGAUGGAACAGGAAAUUUCACCAACAUAACCGCCGCCGUGGCUGCGGCACCCGAUGAAAGCAUGCGCCGAUUUGUCAUUUACAUCAAGAGGGGUGUAUAUAAAGAAAAUGUUGAGAUUAAGAGGAAGAAAUGGAACAUUAUGAUGGUCGGAGAAGGUAUGAACGCCUCUGUAAUAUCCGGUAACCGGAGUUUUAUCGACGGUUGGACCACGUUCCGAACAGCCACCUUUGCCGUGAGCGGGCGAGGAUUCAUUGCGCGGGACAUAACUUUCGAGAACACGGCAGGACCCCAGAAACACCAGGCGGUGGCGCUCCGAUCAGACUCCGACCUGUCAGUUUUCUUCCGGUGCGAAAUCAAGGGGUACCAGGAUACACUCUACACGCACACCAUGCGCCAGUUCUUUCGAGAAUGCACAAUCAGCGGCACGGUGGACUUCAUAUUCGGCGAUGCCACCGUAGUGUUCCAGAAGUGCCAGCUCCAAGCUAAACAAGGCUUACCGAAUCAGAAGAACACCAUAACGGCCCAUGGCAGGAAAGACCCAAAUCAGCCCACCGGCUUCUCCAUCCAAUUCUGCAACAUCACUGCCGAUUCCGACCUCCUCCGGUCUGUUAACUCCACCCAGACGUACCUCGGCCGGCCGUGGAAACAGUAUUCCAGAACCGUCGUGAUGCAGUCUUAUAUCAGUAACGUUAUACGGCCGGAAGGGUGGCUGGAGUGGAACGGGAAUUUGUAUUUGGACACACUGUAUUACGCAGAGUACAUGAACUAUGGGCCAGGAGCUGGGCUGGGCCAUCGAGUCCAAUGGCCAGGAUACCGUGUCUUAAAUAAUUCGGCCCAAGCUGUUAAUUUCACUGUGGCCCAGUUCAUUGAUGGGAACUUGUGGUUGCCGUCAACUGGUGUUAAAUACUCGGCAGGACUGCUGGUAUAAUCAAAAAAGAAAAAAAAAAAGAAAAUGAAGAAAAAUUGUUUUAUAAAUUGGUACAAUCUAGACGGUAAAAUAAGUAGAUUCAAAAUAUUAUCGUAUUAUAUUAAUUUUGGGUCGGUUUUAUUAGUCCAUGGGUUGAUGCAGAAUCAAGACUCAACCUCUCUCUGUCUCUUGCUUUUGCCUCCGUUCUCCGGUGCUGUAUUGGUUUUGUUCGAAAGCUUUUGUGCUUUUGAGGUUUUGAUGCUUGAGCCGUUGGGCUUCCCGACCGCUUAAGCAUGCUGGAGCCACCCUGUGCUCCCUCCUCCGAUGACCUUUCCGGGUCUGUCGGAUUUUGAAUCCCUUUCCGGUAACUCCUUUUGGUUUUCUUGUUUUUUUGGUUAUUUUGUUUUGCUUUGUAUUCUUGUAUAGUUUAUGUUUUUCAGAUCAGGCAACCCUCAGCUCUAUCCUAUAGAUCUUGGUAGAUGCUCGUUGAUUUUCCAGAUCUAGCCACCUCCGGCUUGGAUCUCUGCCGUGGCGUCAUGGAGU